GGGAUAUUCCCGUCAUUUGCGGCGUGGCAUUUCGGCCUAUAAAGUCCCCUCCUCCCAGUCCCACCACCUCUCUCUCAUUUCUUCCCGUCACGAAAAGAAAAGAAAAGAAAAGAAAAGAAAAAGGUAGAGUCGAGAAUUAUGAAGUGGCUUGUCGUCGUCUCCCUUGUGGCGAUUAUUACGUGUUCAUUCUUCCCGGCUCCCGGGCAUUGCCGGAGUCAGGCGGAGAAGCUGAAAAAGCUUUUCCAUGCGAAGCUGAGGAAUGAGAUUAAGACGUCGCAGUUCAAGGCGGAGGAGAUGGAUUCUAGAGUAGUGGUAGAAGCAGCGGGAGGGAACAAGGAGGCGGACCUGAUCGUCCGGUUGCCGGGACAGCCGCUGGUGUCGUUCAAGCAGUACGGUGGGUAUAUUAAGGUGGACCCUUUGAACGACAGGAACAUGUAUUACUACUUUGCCGAGGCUCAGCACCCGGAGAAGGACCAAUUGCCUCUCGUUCUCUGGCUCAAUGGAGGCCCUGGAUGCUCGUCUUUGGGAUAUGGGGCAAUGACGGAGCUGGGACCAUUCAGGGUGGCUAGCGACGCCAAAACUCUCUACAGAAACAAAUAUGCUUGGAACAGGGCCGCAAAUGUAGUGUUUCUGGAGUCCCCGGCCGGGGUUGGGUUCUCGUACUCGAAUACAAGCACGGAUUACACAACUGGGGACGUGAAUACAUCGCUGGACAACUUGGUGUUUCUGCAGAAUUGGCUGCAGAGGUUCCCAGAAUAUAAAGGCCGUGAUUUCUACAUCGCCGGGGAGAGCUAUGCGGGUCACUACGUCCCUCAACUCGCUCGGAAUAUUCUUCUCAAUAACCUCAGAACCCACGACACUUCCAUCAACCUCAGGGGUAUUAUGAUCGGGAACGCGGUGAUACAUGAUGAGACAGACAACAUCGGGAUGUACGAUUACUACGCAAACCACGGCAUGGCGUCCCCGGAAUCGGUGGCUGCCGUUCACAAACACUGCAACUUUUCUUCCGAUUUCACCGACGACCAGACCGACCGAUGCAUUGCCGCCGACAGGGAUUUCAGCAUCGCCACCGCUCCCAUCUUUCCUUACAACAUCUACGCCGAAGACUGCCUGCUCUACAACGGCCCCACUGCCGCGCCCCUACCUUUCUCAAUUACGGAGUUUGAUGAGUGCAGCGCGUAUUACGUGGAGGAUUAUUUGAACCGGAAAGAGGUUCAGAAAGCAAUGCAUGCUAAUACCACCAACAUCCCCCGCCCAUGGACUGCUUGCAGUGACGUUGUUCAGUACAGAGAGGCUUCCACUUCGGUUCUCGGCGACAUCCACAACUUGUUGGCUAACAACGUCACCGUCUGGAUCUUCAGUGGUGACAUGGAUGGAAGGGUGCCCUUUACUUCCUCGCAGUACUCCAUCAAAGUUAUGAAGCCCACUAUUGAGACCAAAUUCCAUCCUUGGUACAUUGCUGGACAGGUCGGAGGAUACACGGAGACGUACAAAGGAGGGCUAACAUUUGCAACGGUGCGAGGGGCCGGGCAUGAAGUCCCAAGUUAUCAACCAUUGAGGGCACUUUCACUCUUCAUGCAUUUCAUUGGUGGCACGCCUUUACCAAACAGCAAAAGAUUUUAGAACACACGCCAUCUCUCAUCAAUUCAUCCUCACUUUCGUAUCGCAAUUGCAAUUAGUAUAUAGCUUUUACAGAACACCAUUCGGCAGUACGUUGCUCUAGCUUCCUUUAUUAGCUACACCAAUGUUUGCUGACCGAAUUCGUUAUUUUAUAUAUACUAGUUUUUUUGGCCCGCGCUUCGCAUCGGCAGGAAACUAAUUAUAUUCCAAACUUCAUCCACUUAUUUAGUGAUUUA